ACCCACCCUGCUGCCGCCCGGAUGGGACCGCCGGAAUGCUGUGAGAGGCGGGCCAGGCGCCGGGAGGGCAGGCGGGGCGGAGCGAGGCGGAGUUUAUCCAGAUCAAGUCUGAGUACUUGUAAACAUGAGCAAGACUUGUGGUUCCCUCCAUUUUCAAAGGCUGAUUGGAUGGAUUAAACACCAACUUCAAGCUAAAGUCUCCAGGGAGUAUUGAAUUGCUGCAGAAUUGGGGAAAAGACAAGCUGAAGUUCCCAUUCCAUGGAUCCUUUGGGUGCACCUUCCCAGUUUGUGGAUGUGGAUACACUCCUAAGCUGGGGUGACUCCUAUGAAGAUGAAUUAAGUUCUUCUGAUACAUCAACUGAAACGUUUCAUGAAGACAUUAUUAGAUCACCUUUUCUUUAUAAUAAGGAUAUCAAUGGAAAAGUGGUUCUUUGGAAAGGAGACGUGGCAUUACUGAACUGUACAGCCAUUGUGAAUACGAGCAAUGAAAGUCUCACAGAUAAGAACCCUGUAUCAGAAAGUAUCUUCAUGCUUGCAGGACCUGAUUUGAAGGAGGACCUACAGAAACUUAAAGGUUGCCGAACAGGUGAAGCAAAAUUAACAAAAGGAUUUAAUCUAGCUGCCCGGUUCAUCAUUCACACUGUGGGCCCUAAGUACAAGAGCCGCUAUCGCACUGCAGCUGAGAGUUCCCUAUACAGCUGCUACAGAAAUGCGCUUCAGCUGGCAAAAGAGCAGUCAAUGUCUUCUGUUGGAUUCUGUGUCAUCAAUUCUGCAAAACGAGGUUAUCCUCUAGAAGAUGCAACACACAUAGCACUUCGUACUGUAAGGAGAUUCCUAGAGAUUCAUGGGGAAACCAUUGAAAAAGUAGUAUUUGCUGUCUCUGAACUUGAAGAGGCUACUUACCAAAAGCUGCUACCUCUAUACUUCCCAAGGUCAUUAAAGGAGGAGAGUCGAUCAUUGCCAUACCUACCUUCAGAUAUUGGAAAUGCAGAAGGAGAGCCUGUGGUGCCUGAACGGCAGAUUAGAAUCAGUGAGAAACCCGGUGCUCCUGAGGACAACCAAGAAGAGGAGGGUGAAGGCUUGGGAGUUGAUAUUUCUUUCAUUGGCUCUCAUGCUUUUGCUCGAAUGGAAGGAGAUAUUGAUAAGCAAAGAAAACUGAUCCUUCAGGGUCAACUGUCUGAGGCAGCUCUACAGAAGCAGCAUCAAAGAAAUUAUAAUCGCUGGUUAUGUCAAGCAAGAUCUGAGGAUCUGUCUGAUAUUGCAUCUCUGAAAGCCUUAUACCAGACAGGUGUAGACAACUGUGGUCGCACAGUGAUGGUGGUAGUUGGAAGAAACAUUCCUGUAACAUUGAUAGAUAUGGACAAGGCUCUCUUAUAUUUUAUCCAUGUAAUGGAUCACAUUGCUGUGAAGGAAUAUGUCUUAGUAUAUUUUCACACACUGACCAGCGAAUACAAUCACCUGGACUCUGACUUCCUGAAGAAACUCUACGAUGUUGUUGAUGUCAAGUACAAGAGGAAUUUGAAGGCUGUUUAUUUUGUUCAUCCAACAUUUCGUUCAAAGGUGUCAACAUGGUUUUUUACCACCUUUUCUGUCUCAGGACUGAAGGACAAAAUCCACCAUGUGGACAGCCUGAACCAGCUGUUUUCAUCAAUAUCACCAGAACAGAUCGACUUUCCUCCUUUUGUCCUUGAAUACGAUGCCAGGGAAAACGGGCCUUAUUAUACAUCUUAUCCACCAUCACCUGAUUUGUGACCUUCCAUCUUUCAGUGCAUCUUGAUUGCAAGGAUGCCACUUCUGCCACGAAUUGCUACCUGUUGAAGUGAUACUCAUUUUUGCUGUACAGAUCCAGAGAGCCUUUUGUCCCCACCUCUCUGGUAUUUUUUUAUUGACUAUAUAUUUUCUGGCACAUAGCAAUCUAAAAAUGAUAAGCCAUUCUGAACUGCACAUAUUUUAAAUUUGUAUAUUUGUAUCAAAUGGAAAUGUUCAUUUUUAGAGUGCUGUUAAUAGACGCUGGGGAGCAACUUUUGAGUAUCUUCAGUUUCCUGAAGGACACUGGAUUCUCCAUUACACAGACCACCGGCAUUGUUCACAUCAUCUCUUAGACAUUGCAUGCUUCCUUUGUGUAUUUAAUAAGUGUUUCUCGAAAUACAUUGAACCAACAUAUGCUGACUGGAUGCAAUGUUUGUGUCAGAUCCUGGUGAUAAUGCCAUUUGCAUUUUAUACAUAUGAUCUUAACAUAAGAAAAUUGUCCAGGACCAAGUAUAUAGAAAUAUAUCUGAUCAAAAAUAUAAAAAUCAAUAGCCAAAUGUAGCACUUGUAAUUUUACUGCACAAGUUAAGACUAAGAGUUAAGUACUGUUGUUAAGAUUGCCACCAUUGUUAUCUCAGAAGUGUGGGGAAACCUUUUUCCAAUAAUCAAGGAGAUCAUGACCUUUUGAUCUCCUUAUUCAAAAGGCGGGCAUGUUACUGGCACUCUUAAGUGAAGUGUAUCUCCCAGGACUCUAUCAUGGAGCCCUUAGAGAGUAUGCUGUCUUCCAAUCUGAGUGAUUUUAUUUGGCUCACUAUCUCUUGAGUUGCCUACAUCAAUAUGAAGAAAGUGUGUCACAGCCAAAAAAAUCCAAGGACCCGAUAAUUUGCUUUUUUUUCCAGACUACUUUUGCCACUCAGGCUCUUAUUUGUGCCUUAGCUUGCUUAUGAGUAAAAAUUAGAAUUAUACUACCUCCUUCAUAAAGGUAUCAUGAAGAUAACAUUUAAAAAGAGCUUGGGUAUCUUUGGAUGAAAAAUGGUGUGGGAGUUUGCUCAGUGGGGUAUCUUCAGUUACCUUUUAAAUGGGGAUAAAUAUACAUGAGGAAAUGCUGCAAGGUACUCCUUAGUCUUUGGCACCUUUUGAAUGAUUUUUUUUUUUUGAUGGAGAAUGGGAACAAGAGCCAUUAGGGCAAAAUCUCCACUCUGAGGACCUCCUUCCUUCACUUCCAAAAUUUCCUCUGCUUUUCUCUUCCCUCUGUGCUGUACUUUAAUGAGAGACAUCUGUUACCCAUUUUAAAGAUUUCUUCUCAAAUUAAGGUC